AUGCUGGGUCUGGAUAACGUCGCAUUCAGUUUCAUCGAAAAUACAAGAAGAGAUCUACCACCAACCAACAGAAUGGUGAACAAUGAGAACAAAGAUAACUACUGUGCGUUAAUUAAUGCCUUUGGACUGGACACCACGGCACAUGGCGUACUCCGUAUUGCCGGUGCCAAGUCCUUCUUCGGUAAGAUAUUCUGGUCAGUGAUAUUUCUAGUGGCGGUAGGUGCGUUUAUUAGACAGUUAUAUUUGCUCCUCGACCAGUACUUCGAAUAUCCGAUUAACGUUAAGAAGGAAGUGAUCUCUGAAACCAUGUUGGAGUUUCCAUCAGUGACGAUAUGUAAUACAAACAAAGUAAGGAAGUCUGCAUUGUUGACGAGUGAUCACGCACAGCAUGUAGAAGCUAUGGAAGGAACAGAGAUUCUGCCGUAUUAUGUUCCAUGCUUAGAACAAGAUUUCAUAUGUAGUAAUGGUGUCACGUGCUUGAAAUCAUAUUUGGUAUGUGAUGGAGCCAAGCAAUGCCCGGAUGGUAGUGACGAAGACGGCUGUAAUUAUGCGUUAUCCCAUGGAAUAAUUUGUGAUGGAGAUCAUCACAUCUCUUCAUCCUGGGUUUGUGAUCACGUGGUGGACUGUCAUGAUUUUCUGGAUGAGCAUCGGUGUUACCUGAAAGCGCCAUGUUUUGAAGAAGAAUUCACUUGUGACAACAGUGAUUGUAUCGCGGAAGACAAAUGGUGCAAUAGAAUGAAUGACUGCGGUGAUUGGAGCGAUGAACGCAAUUGUACUUACGAAAACGCCUGCCCAGACGCAAUGGUGAUGUGUUAUGACGCUACCUGUGUUACUAAUAUCAAACAUUGUGGUGUCUACGCGGGAUGCGGUGAUAAAUCGAAUGAAAAUAGUUGUACAACUGCAGUUCCUGCCCCGAGACAUUUGUUCGAUGCGAUGAUAGAUCCUGCCGAGAUAGAUGGAUCGGAUGUCCGGAUAAUAUCACGG